AUGGAGGAGCAAACCGCCCAGCCGCCGGAAUCUGAUUUAUUGCAAGUUCCGGAAGCCGUCGCGGCUGAGGACAGCCCUGAAAACGCCGACGGGUACGGAGGAGGGGCGGUGGUGGUGGUCUCGGCGGGCUUUGGUGAUGAUGAGAGAUUGAAGAGGAAGAGAGGGCGGCCGAGAAAGGUGCCGCCGCCGGAAUUUGUGGCGGCGGCUGAGCUGUCUGCGGCGGCGGCUCCACAAAAGCGGGGCCGGGGCCGCCCCAGGGGAUCCGGCAAGUGGCAAACCCUGGCCGCGUCUUUAGGUGGCAGUGUUGGGGAUACUGCUGGAACAGACUUCACUCCUUGCAUAAUUUCAAUUCAAGCGGGCGAGAACAUUGUUGAAAAGAUAUGGUCAUUUUCGCAAAGGAUCCCAGAUUCUCUUUGCAUCCUAUCAGCUGCUGGAACUGGACAGUUCUCAAUUAUAUAUCUAAAUGGGUCACACACUUAUGAUGGAAAAAGGGGUGGCAAAAAUUGCCUUUUAAGCGUUCAAUUGGCUAAUCCUGAAGGCCACUUUUUCGGUGGUGCUGUGGCCGGUUCUCUUAUUGCUGCCGGCCCAACUCAAAAGCUAAGGCAUCAAGUGAACGUUAGGCCACAACAUGUUGAAAGUCCAAAACUUAGCAAAAGCCCGGUUAUGGUUGCAGUCCCAGUGCAAGCUAAACCACCAGAAGAAGCCGAAACUAAAUGCGAAGUAGGUGAUUUAGGUAGUGAGCAGAGUUUUCAUGAAGUGGGCUUAAAGGGUCCUAAUAAUGUUUCCGCAACUCCGCCUGUUUGGAGGUCCGUGCCAAUGUCAGGUGGGUCCGGAUCCGAAUUCGUCGGGUCAUCCGGGUUUGAUUCUGGAGUUAUUGAUUAA